AUGCCGACCAUAUUCACGCGACCGAACUCCAGCAGAGACCAACCUCAAAAAAGGAAAAGUAUAUUCCCGCAACUGAACUUCAGCAGAGACCAACCUCAAACGAGGAAAAGCAAAACGAGGAAGACUCAGCUCCAAUUUAAAGACUAUUUUGUCGGACCGCGAGAUCCAGCGAAGCACUCAAAAUGGCCGCGAGCAAUGCAAAUGCAUGGCAGUGUCAUGCCCAAACUGUUCUUGCCCAUAUGUUUUUACUCGAUUUGGGUAACUGUAGUAACCGCCGUUUCCGUGUGUGUACAAGAUCUUGCUGUUCACCCUAUUGUACUGACUGUACUCGGUAUUGUCGUCGGCUUGGCGCUCAACUUUCGAAGCUCGACUGCCUAUGAGCGGUACGAAAGUGGACGAAAAGCGUGGGCCGCUUUAACGUCAACAUCGCAGAGCCUUGCCCGUGUCAUCUGGAUGCAUACUGAAGUGCGAGGUGGAGAAGAUGGAGAUGAUGAGAUUGGAAAGACGGACCUAUUGGGAAAGGUGUCGUGCCUGAACCUCAUCACGGCCUUUGCCUUUGCGCUCAAGCACAAGCUGCGCUACGAACCCUACACCCAUUAUGAGGACCUUCAAGAACUUGUCGGCCAUCUAGACACUUUCGCAAAGGCAGCCGACUCGGCUGCCACGAGGCAGGAUACAAGACGGCACCGCCUCGACCAGUAUCUGCGCCUUCCAAUGUUGAGAGCGAAUCCGCAAGCGGCACUGGGGAAAACAUCGCGACCCCUAGGGAGCCUUCCGCUCGAGAUCCUCAGUUAUAUAUCGAGAUAUAGCCUGGUAACCUGCGAACGCGUUCUCGACACUCCGAUGCCUAUUGCGUACUCGAUUGCCAUCUCGCAGAUCACGUGGAUCUACGUGCUCACACUGCCGUUCCAGUUGCAGCACAUAAUGGAAUGGACUGCGAUACCGGUUAGUAUUGUGACGUCGUACAUCAUCCUCGGAAUUGCGCAGAUUGGCAACGAGAUCGAUAAUCCGUUUGGCAUCGAGGUUAAUGACCUGCCCUUGGAGCGCUUCUGCACGCGCAUUGCGUCCGACAUCACCAUUACCACGGCGAACCCACGGCCAGAGGGAUUGGAGUUCUUCGAAAGACCGGACAACCCGGUCUUCUUCCCCAUGAGCUUCGAUGGGUACGAUACCUGGUUGGAGAAACACCCAGCAGAGACGUGUGCUGUGCUAUUGGCGCGUGCUGGGAUGACGAAGACGGCGAUGCAACGGAGACAGUCGGCACACAAUAAGGUUGAAGAGAGCGAUACUGCAACGAUGGACACGGGUACGACGUGCCGCGGAUCUGACACUGGCACUAUCCACGAAAGUAAUGCCGCCAUGGGUAAAGAAGAGGUUUGA